GAUUGCGCGGGGUGGGCUGGGGAUGCCGGCAUGUACGCUCUCCCUCCCGCCCUGGUGCAACUUGGAUGCCCCUCCUAGAGAGUGAGCAAAAGAGGAGGAAGCUUCGCUUUGGGCUUCGCGCUGGGAUUCCACUUCCUGGAGGAGCCCUCCCAGUGCACAGGUCUCCUGGGCUCCCUGCUUGGCCGAGGGAGAGGAGCCGCACCCGACCACGAUGAAGGACCGGCUGGAGCAGCUGAAGGCGAAGCAGGACGAAGCUGAAGGUGAAGAUGAAUUGGAAAUUGCUAUUGACAACACUGCUUUCAUGGACGAAUUCUUUUCAGAGAUUGAAGAGACUCGGCAGAAUAUUGACAAAGUUUCAAAGAAUGUAGAAGAGGCAAAAAAGCUGUACAGCAUUAUCCUGUCUGCUCCUAUCCCUGAACCAAAGACAAAGGAUGACCUGGAGCAGCUGACAGCAGAAAUCAAGAAAACGGCCAAUGCUGUUCGAAACAAACUUAAAAGUAUGGAGCAGAAUAUUGAGCAGGAUGCGGCUCGAUCAUCAGCUGAUUUGCGGAUACGGAAGUCCCAGCAUUCAGUUCUUUCCCGAAAAUUUGUGGAGGUGAUGACUAAAUACAAUGAGGCACAGGUUGACUUCCGGGAACGGAGUAAAGGGAGAAUCCAACGGCAGCUUGAGAUCACUGGAAAAAAUACAACAGAUGAAGAACUAGAGGAAAUGUUAGAGAGUGGAAAUCCAUCAAUAUUCACCUCUGGGAUCAUGGAUUCCCAGAUCUCGAAGCAAGCGCUGAGUGAAAUUGAGGGACGACAUAAAGACAUUCUGCGACUUGAGAAUAGCAUCAAGGAGCUUCAUGACAUGUUUGUGGACAUUGCCAUGCUGGUAGAAAAUCAGGGUGAAAUUGUAGAUAAUAUAGAACUCAACAUGAUGCACACCAUGGACCACAUAGAGAAAGCACGUGAGGAAACCAAGAAGGCUUUAAAAUAUAAGAGUAAGGCACGCAAGAAAACAAUAAUUAUCAUUGUGAUAAUAGUAGUCUUGCUGGGAAUUUUAGCUCUCAUUAUUGGACUUUCAGUCGGACUGAAAUAAAAGUAACCAACUGGGUUUCUGGCACUGAAUCACAUUCCCAAGCUCCUUCUAAGUCAGUAGCAAGAUUUCCCUUCUUGAACUUCAAUGCCAUGGUUUGUGCUUUCCUUCCCUACCUUGCUUGGAUGAAGUAUGAAUGGUGCUCUUGAGUGCAUUUGCACCCGGGCUUCCUGUGAGAGCCAGACUGUUCCAGUUCCAGUGCCUGAAGACCCUAAUGUACCUUCCUGCAGCCAGAAAAUCCAGAAAUCUCAUGGCAUUCCAGAGAGAAGUUCUUGUCUGAUCUGCUCCUUAUCCAUUCCUCCUUUCCUUCCUGAUUUACCUGCUGGCUUCAACUGAAGGAUUUCUUGUGGAAUGAUCAACAACACAGUGGAAAUGAACCUUAAAGGAAUUUGGGGAGCCUUAUUGCCUACCUCACUGCUGUAAUUUAACCCUUUCAAAAAUAUUGUACAGAU